GGCUCGCAGGCAGACAGUAACCUGCACGAGGUAUGCAAGCGAGCCGCGGCAAAACUGGGCCUAGCGUGGCCCGCGGCCCAGGAUUCAGAGGGAGCAGAGAGGGACCUUUAUGACGGGAAAAGGCUACCGCCUGCUCUAACCACAACGAGACAACUCCUACCCGCCGUGCCGGCGUGCAUGAAGGAGAUGUCCCGCCAUUGGGGUAGCCCCUUUAAGAGCAAGCUCCCGACCAAGGGAUGCUCUAAACUUGAGAUCCAAGGAAUGGGAGAGCUGGGGCUGACCGGACCCCCAGCGAUAGAGUCUUCAGUGGCCUAUCACCUCCAUCCAUAUCGUCGAUCUAUUUCUGCCUCUUCCCAAAUUUCGCUGCCGAACAAGAUGGAGCGCCUGACCGCGUCCAUCUAUCAGAGGAUGUACAAGUAUGCGGCGCAGUCAGUGUGCUCGCUGAACGCGGUGACUUUACUGUCAGCGUACCAGGCGGAGAUUUUGGAGGAGAUGGGGCGACAAUUAGAUACAGGAGUGCCGAACCCAGCUCUCUGGGACGAGAUAUGUGUGGUAAAUGACCUAAUUCUCCGCUCUUCUCGUGGCGCGGUUCAGGGCUGUGGCCGUGUUAUGGGCUUGGCCGUUUCAGGUGAGAGAGCGUUAUGGCUGAACCUGUCUGGUUUAGGCGACGCUCAAAAAGCUGAGGUGAUGGACGCUGCGUUCGACCCAACUAAGGGCCUUUUCGGACCAGCUCUCGAGAAAAUGAGAGAAACCAGCACCCUCAGGAAACAGGAGGACGAGGCUUUUAACCUCUGUUUACCGCGCAAGCAAACACCGCGACCACCCUCUCAGCCAGCACGGCAAGGUUUUGCAGCAGCCGCUGCGGCGAGAGGAAGGCAGACGGGAGCUAGGAGUGUGAGACCGCCUCCCAGCGGACAGCAAGUGGGCUAUCGUCCGAGAUCUGAUGGCUCCGGACCCGGGGGGAAACAUUCAUUUGCGGCCGCGGCGGCGAGAAACCGCCCACCCCACCCCGAGGAUCGGAAGAAGAAGCGUGCGACCUGACACGCGAAUGUUCCCCGUCACUUCUCUCUCCGCCCGCAAAGAGAAAGAGGGGGUCCAGCCCUGUUGUUCUCAGUUCAGUAAGGGCUCCAGCUAUAAGCAAUCAAGUUCAAAACGUUCUCAAGUGUCACCAAGCACUUACACUGGGUUUUCAAACGCCCAUCAGUUCAGGGGAAUGUUUAAUAAAAAAUGCAUUAUCGCAUCCAGGCCACAGGCUGAGGGCGACGUGCUCCCCCAACUCAUUAAACACAAUAAAUGUUUCACUAUCGCAGCCAGGCAGUCAGCCGAGGGCGAUAGAUUGCAAAAAAAUCCAAACAUUGAGAUGUGUAUCCCUAGCCUCUCCGCUGGAGGGAGCGCGCGCACCUCCAGAAGGGGUCAGCGCGGAGACGGUAAUGACGUCAUCAAAACGCGCCGGCGUUGGGGAAGUAUACAGGGGACCUCUCUCGGCUCGCAUACUCAGUUGGCGCGCAUGCGCAGCUCAUCCGUGGGUUGUAAACACGAUUUCACGGGGAUACAGGCUUCAAUUUGCCAUGAAACCACCCAGAUUCAAUGGUAUAAUAGCCUCAGCGGCCGAGGGAGAGUCAGCUCGCGUCCUGACGGCCGAGAUAGACUGUCUUUUAGAAAAACGAGCCAUCAGAGUAGUGCCAAAGGAAGUGAGCUGUCAGGGCUUUUAUUCCCGUUACUUUGUGAUCCCAAAGAAGGGGAGCAUAUCUCUGCGUCCAAUUCUAGAUCUCCGUGUGUUAAACAAGCACCUACGGAAAUAUUCAUUCAAAAUGUUGACACACAAGACACUUUGUCGAUCCAUCCGCCAGAACGACUGGUUUGUGACGAUCGAUCUGUCAGACGCGUAUUUUCACAUAGAUAUUUACCCGUCUCACAGGAAGUAUCUCAGGUUUGCUUUUCGAGGCACUGCUUACGAAUUUCAGACAAUGCCCUUUGGUCUGUGUCUAGCACCAAGAGUAUUCAGCAAAUGUGUGGAAGCAGCACUUUUCCCAUUGAGAAACAGGGGGAUAAGAAUACUGUCGUACAUAGACGAUUAUCUGAUUUGCGCCUCGUCGAAAGAGCAAGCAAUCAAAGACGCAGAUAUGGUGUUAUUGCAUCUCAACAGCUUGGGAUUCAGAAUAAACAUGGAAAAGAGCCGCUUAGAGCCAGCUCAGCACGCAGAAUAUCUGGGGCUCAGUAUAAACUCCCUCUCUUAUCGAGUCACUCUGACAGAGAGGAGGAUCGCGUCAUUCACUCAAUGUCUCUCCCGUUUUCAGACGGGGAAAGUUGUCCCGUUCAGACUGUGCCUGCGAAUGCUGGGCUUAAUGGCUUCAGUGAUAUCUGUAGUACGACUGGGACUACUAAUAAUGAGAGACUUUCAGCGCUGGGUCGCGCAUCUGCGUCUGUGUUCUCGGCGUCAUCUCAACCGACAGGUGAGAGUGACGUAUGCGUGCGUCAGAGCGCUCAGACGUUGGAAAAGCCCCGCGACCCUCAGAUCGGGGAUUCCCCUGGGGGCAGUGUCGUCGAGAGUCACUAUGACGACGGACGCAUCAUUAAAGGGCUGGGGAGCGACUCUAAUGGGCAGAACUGUGAACGGCGUUUGGCCCCCUCAGCUAAUUCACAAACACAUAAAUUACUUGGAAUUGUUGGCAGUGUUUCUAGCGCUGAAACAUUUUCUGAGCUUCAUCAGGGGUCAGCAUGUUUUAGUGAAAACAGACAAUUCCACAGUGGUUGCUUAUAUCAACCGACAGGGAGGCACACGCUCUCUUCAGCUGCACCAGCUGGCAAAAGAGCUGAUUGUGUGGUGCGACAUAAGUCUUUUAUCCAUCAGGGCAACCCAUGUUCCAGGGAUAUUGAACAGGGGGGCAGACUUGUUGUCCAGAGGAAAUCCCCUGUACGGAGAGUGGAAGCUUCAUCCCCAGGUGGUGAAGCAGAUAUGGCAGAGAUACGGCCAGGCGGUCGUAGAUCUCUUCGCCUCGCAGGAAAACGCCCAAUGUCCUCUGUACUUCUCUCUGGCAGACGGAAAUGCACCAUUGGGUGUGGAUGCUUUAGCCCACCAAUGGCCAAAUGUCCUGCUGUAUGCAUUUCCCCCUCUGAGCCUGAUUUCACCCACUCUAGCCAGGGUGAGGGAAAUGGGAUUGUCGCUGAUACUGAUAGCCCCACGUUGGCCUUCCAGACCUUGGGUGGCCGAGAUUGUUCAACUACUGUCGGGUCAGCCGUGGCCCCUCCCUCCCCGGAGGGACCUCCUGUCACAAGCGGGGGGGGAAAUCUACCAUCCUCACCCAGACAGGAUAGCUCUCUGGGCCUGGCCCGUGAAAGGUGGAAUUUAAGUGCAGCAGGUCUGCCCCCAUCGGUCAUACACACUAUACAGAGUGCAAGAGCCUCUUCCACUCGUUCACUGUAUAGUAAUAAGUGGCGAGUCUUUGAUGAAUGGUGUGGACGGAUUCAUAUUGUCCCUUUUCAAUGUUCAGUGAGGGACAUUUUAUGUUUCCUGCAGGAUCUGCUAGAUAAAGGGAAAGCUUUUUCUACAAUAAAGGUAUACUUAGCGGCUAUAUCUGCUUGUCAUGUGGGUUUUGGUGACAAGACAGCAGGUCAGCACCCUUUAAUAAGUCGAUUUAUGAAGGGGGCACGACGUAAGAGGCCAGGGGCCAGGCGAAUGGUCCCAUUGUGGGAUUUGUCUACAGUCUUAGAGGCCCUUUCUCAACACCCUUUUGAGCCAAUGGAAGCUAUAGGGUUAAAGUUUCUCUCGCUCAAGACAGCACUACUGUUAGCGCUGGUGUCAGCUAAGAGGGUGAGUGACUUACAGGCACUGUCGGUCAGCCCAUCUUGUCUGCAGUUUUCUGCAGGGUUUACAAGGGUUUCCUUUCGCCCUAACCCGGCGUUCGUACCUAAAGUAGUGGAUUCGUCAUAUAGAUGUCAAACUACAGAUCUUGCAGCUUUUCACCCUCCUCCGUUCUCUUCUCCAGAGGAGGGGAGGUUGAAUGCCUUGUGUCCUGUACGAGCACUUCGUGUGUACGUAGAAAGGACAGCAGGUUUCAGGAAAAAUGACCAACUGUUCGUGUCAUGGGCUACUCCUCACAAGGGGAAGCCAUUGUCACGUCAGCGACUGUCCCACUGGAUUGUAGAAGCUAUUUCCUUAGCAUAUGCAUGCAGAGGUUCCCAACCUCCCGAGGGCUUAAGGGCCCACUCAACUAGGGGCAUGGCGACAUCAUGGGCCUUACUCAGAGGUGUUUCGGUCCAGGAGAUCUGUGCUGCAGCAAGCUGGGCCACACCGCACACUUUUGUGCGAUUUUAUAGACUGAACGUGUCUGAGCCAUCCUUAGCUCAUGCAGUGUUAGGAGUCAGCACGUCAAGUCCCAUAUGAUUGGUAUAGCGUAUGUUGCAAUCCGGGAGUGGUCUAUAUCUCCCAUAGUGAAACACCGAGCGAAGUUAGAAAAAGAACGAUGGGUUACUUAACGUAAUCCCAGGUUCUUUGAUAACAGAGUGAGGUGUUUCACCAACACUUCCCUCCUUGCAUAGGAACGGGAAGAAAUCUCUCUUAAUGACUUCGUAGGGGUCGACCUGAGUAAUAUAGGUGGGGGCGGAGCCUGAUCUCAGGUCGACCUGUCUGUCAAAGACAGACGUGGUGGCAUAGGAGCUUCCGUAGUUGGUCACGCCCAAAGCGAUUCCCAUAGUGAAA